CCCACGUGGCCAUCACCAGCCAAUCACAACGUGCUGCCGAUCGUGCUGCCCCUUGCAGCGUCGACAACCUCCAACUCGAUUCCAACCAAACCUUGGAAUAUAAAUUUCCCAUCCCAUCGCCUGCUCUUCACGGGCGGCUCCCUCGCCGCCCAGAACGUCGACAGCUUCUACCCGCCCCUCAACCACACCACCUACAUCACCAAUGCCUCGCUCGGCACCUACGGUGGGGUCUUCAAUGCGCCCUCCGAUAAGGCGAGUCCGCCGCCCACCGAGCUCACCUACAACUACUGCUCCAUGCCGCAUCCGCAUGUAGACACGUAUGAGCUUCCCGGACCCGUUCAAGACCGCAAGGUCAAGGCCAAGAUUGUGUAUCUCGAGUAUCUCCAGCGGCAUCAGAGGCGGACGCCGUAUAAUAUCCUUCCUGGGGGCGAGAACCAAGAAUACAACUGCGAAGACCUGUACCAGCACCAAUACGCGGCUCCCGCGACCCCCUCCCCGGGCCACGGCCGCGGCCCCAAAGGCGCCCCCGCGCCCCUUGAAGUCUACGGCAAAGCCUACACCGACCCAACAAACCCCUUUCUGACCAACUACGUCAACGGCUCCUGCCAGUAUCCCCAACUGACCAUCGGCGGCUACCUCGACGGCUACCAGCACGGCCGCGACCUGCACGCCGUCUACAGCAAGAAACUGGGCCUCAUCCCCAAGACCCUCGGCAAAAAGGACCUCGACCGCGUCUGGUUCCGCUCAACGACCUCCCAACUGACCCAGGGAUCCGCCGGCGGCGUCCUCCGCGGCCUCUGGCCCGACUACGAGGGCGCCCUCCCGCUGCACCAGCAAGCUUCUGCAGUGGAUACCGUGAACCGCGGAUUCCCCUGCGCGGCGCGGAACACGAUUCUCGCUGCGGUGCAGUCGGGGCCCGAGUGGGAGGAGCAUUUGGCGGUUACGGCGCCGCUGCGGGAUACGCUUGCGAGCAUGUUUGAUGCGCAGGACGCGAGCGACUGGUUGAAUACGUGGGAUCAUUUCGCGGAUAAUUUCCAGGCGCGGCUGUGUAAUGGAUACGAUCUCCCCUGCAGCCUGACCGAGGAGGGGAAAUGUGUGAGUACCGACCAGGCGUACGAGGCGUUCCGGGCCGGCGAUUGGAUGUACAACUGGUGGUGGAGACGGAACCAGAAUGUCACCGAAUACAUUACGGUGAUUGAGGGGAUGUUUAUCAAAGAGCUUGUGGCGAAAUUCGAGGCGGUUGCGCGUGGCGAUUCGAAGGUCGUGUACAGUCACAACUUUUUGCACGAUGGCGAUAUCGCGCCGAUGUUGGGGGCCCUCGGGAUCAAUGCGCUGAGGUGGCCCGGGAUGGCGUCGAACAUCGCGAUUGAGAUUUGGGAAACGUCCAAGAAUCAGUUUUAUGCACGUGUGCUAUACAGCGGACGGGCGAUCGAGACGAUUCAUGGGACAUUGGACUGGAUUCCAUUAAGCAAGCUGAUCGAUAUCCUCAGUGUGUAUAUCCCAGAGGACAUCUUUGCUUUGUGCGGUUAAACGCCUUUGUUUUAUUAGCUUGGAUAUAGGAAUGUUGCAUAAGGGGUGUGGUAUCUAGUACCACAUGAACGUAAAAAUAAAUUUGACAACUCAGUACUAUCAUUGACUGAAUUAUCUUGGGCAUAGUCGCCAAAAUACUAGACAGGUCUCCCUUCCGCC